CGAGUGUCGUCCAUGUUGAGCUGCCAUUGUUGCUGCAAUUGAUAUUGAAUAUUUUUAAAGAAAAGUUAUGCAUGUUUAUAGAGUCGUGUGAAUAAAUUGAAAAAAAAACAAAAAAUUAUCAUUACUUAUAAGUGGUUGAGUAUUUAUGUUGAAAUAUACUGUGGCAAGAUAACAAAGAAGCAAUUGCACACAGUUUAAAAGUGUACUCGCGAAAUUGAAAACAGACAGUCUGAAUUUAAAACGCAUUCUAUAAGGACAGUUGUGACAAACAGUAACAAUUGCGAUUGCCUUCUGUACCAGUGCGUAUAAAGGCUUUGACAAUUUGAUAAAAAACUUUAAUAUUUGUAAAUUCUCACGAAUUAUAUUAAUACAAAUAAUUAAAUACAAUUGAUCAAAAUGAUGAAAAUAUUACUUGGAUUACUUCUUCUUUCUGCGUCUUGCUAUGCAGGAAAAAACACAUGCUCAGUUGAUUCUGUUAAUUUUUCGGAGUGGAUCGACUUAGAGAAGGCAGAAUGUUAUAUAGAUGCUAUAAGCCAAACGCGCAUGGAAAUAGAUGCUUCGUAUACAUACUUAUAUAUUGGGGCACAUUUUGCGCAAGAUGUGAUUAAUCGUCCUGGUAUUGCUGAUUUCUUUUUUAAGGCUGCUAAGGAAGAAAGAGAACAUGCUACGAAAUUAAUAGAAUAUCUAUCUAUGCGUGGCCAUUUGAAUAAUGUUGAAGAACUUAUCAAGAAAGACUCAAUUUUAGAGAAGGAUGACAAUUCAAGGAGUUUAAAAAUUAAAGGUAGGUCUUUGAAUGAUGCUUUAGAAAUUAAACUUGAUUCCAAGAGUAGUGCUGCUGAUGCUUUUAUAUACGCUCUAAAAUUGGAAGAAAAAGUGACUAAAUCCAUUCGCGCUUUAAUUAAAUCCUGUGAAACAAAUAAAAACUAUUAUCAUAUUGUUGACUGGUUGACCGGCGUUUACCUUGAAGAGCAGUUACAUGGCAAACGAGAAUUAGCUGGAAAAUGGAGUCAACUUAUAAAGAUGGGUCCUGGAGCAUUGGGUGAAUUCUUAUUUGACAAAACAUUGUAGAUUAUUUAAUCGUUGAAAGUGAAAGUUUUGCAAAUUUUUCCAAAUCUAUUUUAAAUAAAAACGUGUUAAAAUCCUUCAGAACAUUUAAUAAACGCGUUUUUUGUUAAAGGCGCAUAUAUACAUAAAAAUAUAUACUAUUAAUAAAUAAGAAACAAAUAUUUUAGAAAUAAACAAUA